AUUCCAUUCUUCGUUUCCAUAUGUCAAAUCAAAAUAAGUCAAACAAGACUUUCGUUUUUAGGUUUUCGCGAAUAAUAAAUUAUUUAUUUCGUAAUUGUCAUGUAUUUGUGCUGUAGUACCUUAGCUUUACAGUAUAUAUCAUAAGAAGUGCUAUUUGAUAAAUUAAAAUGGAAGUUUCUGGUGGUGCAGAAGAAGGUUUCGUGAGGGAAUGGGCCCCUUGUUCGCAUAUUUUAAAUUUAAUUCCGCCUAGGAUACAGACUGGGAUAUUUUCUAACGAGUUGUGCCUAACAUGUGUGGACGCGGUGAGCGAGUACAUAGCCCUGGGGACCAACGUUGGGCUGGUGUAUUGGUACGAUCGGAAGAAAGGGAACAUUCAAAGACUGCGUUGCGAGGCGUCAACAUCUCCUAUAACAUAUGUGAAGAUAGUUAGCACAGUGGACUAUAUGGUUGGUGCAGGCAAUGCAGCUGGCCAGGUCAAUGUUUUCCAAAUACCUAAGGAGCAUCCCGAGAAUGUACCUGACACCUUCAAACCUAAGGUCGAACCCAAAGUUGAAAGAUACACAAUAGGAGAUUUACACAAAAGUAAAAUUACAGCGAUAGAGUGGUCCAAAAACGGUAUGAGACUGUUUUCGGGCGACAAGAACGGCGUCAUUAUUAUGACUGAAAUAGACUUCUAUAUGCACCUCUGUAAAUCGAUGGAGAUAGUGAACGAGGAACACGAGAUAGUGCAGAUGAGCUACUACCAGAACAGCUUGCUGGUGUCCAGCGUGUACCGGACCAUCGUCUGCGAGCGCCGCGACAACCGCUGGCACGUCAACCAGCUCGGCAAGAAGGAACGGAAGAGCCUGUGCGCGCUGGGCGCGGUGUUCCAGUACUCGUACGCGCGCGGCGGGCCCGUGGCGGCGUACUGCGCGCGGCCCGGCCUCCGCCUGUGGCGCGCCGACACGCACGGGAACGUACUGCAGACGCUGCUGUUUAAGGAAGCGAUAUCGAAUCCGUUGACAGUGGCGGAGUUAUUGAAUCCCCGGCAGCAGAAGCCGUCGCCGACGGGCCGCGAGUACAACCUGGGGCCGCUGCACGUGUUCCGCGAACAUUUCCUCGUCUCCCACAACGACCAGAUCCUCUACAUACUGGACCCUCGCUCCCUCACCGCUGUAGCUGUCGUCGAUGACUUCAGAAAGAUCCUGUCGGUGUCGGUGCACAAGGACGAGGUGUGGGUGCUGGAGGGCCCGCGGUCGCUGGUCCGCCUGGCGCACGCGCCCGAGCCCGCCGCCCGCGCCGCAGAGGAGCCAAUAAACUUGAUGACGAAAUCGCUGACGUCAUCGAUCCAGCAAGCAGUGAAUUCAGUCCGCGACUUCACGCACAUAGACCAGACGGUGCCCUAUAUAUCUAGCGUUCUAGAACAACCUAUAUCCAUGUUCACGAAGAACGAGAUUAUAGAGACUGGGACCGUGGCUAGUGCUGAGGAGUGCUUCGAACUCCCUCCCAUCAAACAUCUCCCUCACGACCUCUCGGAGAACGUACUAGAAUCCAUUGUGAAUGAGUUCAGAGAUGUGUCCAGUGACGCUGAGGAGAUCAGGCGCGUGAAGACUGAGGAGUUGCAGAGGAAGUUGAAGCUGUAUAAUAGUAUAAUGGAGAAGAAGUAUGAUGGGGAGUUGAUUCAUAGCAGCAGGCGCAGCAGGCGGCGGGAUGGCGGCUCCGGCGGGAGUACGCCCCGCAUGGCCACCCCGGUCAGGAAGGCGGACAAUGUUAGCUACAACAGCUCCUGUGUCAUGAAUAUGAGUACUUGCGGUACCAUACCCCAACCGAACGACGAACUACUGGAGAAGCAAAUAGAAGAGAAGGAGAAGAUACUAGCGAAGAUGUUGAACCUGGAAUCUCUCAGUAUAAACAGUCCGAAGCUAGACGCGGAGACACCGCCGCCGCCGGCGCCCACCUUCAGGCACGUUGACACACAACCCACCGAGGUAACGCCCAAACACAUCCCCAAACCAAAAACACCAAUAAAGGACCCUAGCCCCAUAGACUUAGUGCCCAAACUCGUACAACUACCCAACACGUGGAACUUAGAGAAUAUAGAAUUGAAAUUGGAAACGAAACAGAAUGGUUUCAAAGACCACUCGCUACUGUCCCCUGAUGAUCAUUUAGACAGCGAAUGGGAAAUAAUCUGAUACAGAAUGAUGUCUAAAUCUGGCUUGUUUUAUACACUGUGAAGUUAAAUGUAAAAUAUACCAGAUUUGGUUGUGCAAUCCAAAAGUUAAAGUUGUGUGUUACAAGGACUCAUUUUGUAUUUCUUAUGAAACAAAUGGUCGUAGUUUUCAGCUGAAAUACAUUUGCACUUUGCAAGCAUAAAUAAUGUAAGCUAUCCCACUAUUCAUAUUGUAUAUGCGAAAGUUUGUAUGUUUGUUUGUUAAUCCUUCACGCAAAAACUGCUGAAGGGAUCGGGAUCAAAUUUGGAACAGGGGUAGAUUAUGGCCUGGAAUAACACAUAAACUACUUUUUAUCCCACGGAAAUGCGGACGAAGCCGCUGGCAGAAGCUAAUUAGUUAUAUUUACAUGGUUAUAUCGCCAAUCAUGCCAUUAUUUGUCAAUAGUGUAUUAAAGCUAAGUUUUUUCCUAAUCGAGGUGUAAUAAUAAAUACACACGUAGGCAUCUUGUGUUUAUAAUAAUGCAAUUGUGAUAUUUGAUAAUUUAGUUAUGAUAACACAAUAUUUGAUUGCUUAUUUUGCCAUGAGGCAAGGAUUGUGCAACCGCUGAAUAAGUAUGACGACUUAUGAAUAGUUGUAUUUCCCAAUAAUUAUAAAUAUGUGUAAGCAAUGUUAUCGUACACGCAGCGUAUAGCUUAUGUGUUUUUGAUACAUGCAAUUUAUAUAAAAUUGUUAAAUUGGCAAUUGUUGUAAGUGUAAAAAGUAUUAUUACGUACGAUCACAAUUUUAUUUAGGUGAUACGGAUCAAAGUUUUUUAGGUUCAAUUUAUAUUGUAUCAUAAUAACAUUUGUCACAAAAAUGAUCAAGAAAUAUAUAAUAAUAUAAAGAUGAUAUGAGAUUGUAAACUUAUGAAAAUACAAAAUAGGUUUAUCGAAAUCAAUGCAAAAGAAACUAAAAUAUUUAUUACUUAGAUAGGUUUGUACUGCAGCAUAAGUAAUGCCCAAAAUCAACCAUUCUUGCUUUUUGACAGAACCUUCAUACGACUAAUGUUUAUUUUAAAGUAGGUACCGUAAGUGAAUAGUAAUCGAUUUAGAACAGUAGAUAUCCCUCUAGAAAAAUGCAUUUAAAAUUAGGUUACAGACAUGAAUGGCAAUAUCAAUAUAUCAGAUAAAUAAAUAUAAUAGUUUAGUUAUAUCCCUGAUACAUAGUCAUAGUUUGUAAUGGAAGAACAAUUUAUUCUAGUAUUUGUUUGUAUGUAUGAAGGUUUAGUAUUAAUUUUGAGGCUUAUGUUUAAGUGUAAAGUGUGCCCUUACUAUGAUAAUACCCUUUUUGGCGAAUGCUAAUGGCAUUGUAGUGGUCUAAGCCAUGGAGGUAUAAUUGAAAAAGGUUUCAUACAUUUUUAAAUCAGGAUAAUCCUUAUGAUACAUAGGCAAUUAAGUUAUUACCAUUCUUUUGUGUGAUUGCAAGAUAUUGAUCACACUAGGAAUUGCUCCGUACGGAAAUUGAACCUGUGACUCGUUGCGCAGUAGGUGGUCGCUCAGUAAAAGCGCUAACUGUGCAAUCAAUAUGAUCAUACUAUUAUUUUUAUAUGUAAAUGCUCAUUAUGUAAAAUGCUUAAAAAUACUACAACUGAAUAAUUGUUUUAUCUUGGACCUUCAAUAGAAUGAUAGAUAUACCUUUGGCACGUUUUUAUACAAGUCCAGUUGUUAAUAGGUAUCACUGGAAUGUCCUAGAAUCGCAUUUAUUUAAAUAGGAGGAAUUGAAUUGUCAGUUAAUGAUUUUGGUAAAGAUUUUUUAAGUAUAAGUAGGUUUAGGAGACCAAUCUGAAGCGAUAUCUGUAUUCUCAUUGUAAAAAGAUAUUCUGUGUUGUCUACAGCUCUCUAAAAACGUCACAAUUAUUAUUAUUUCGUGUAUUUUUUUUAUGUUGAUGUACGAUGUAGGUGAUGCAAUCAAAUCUAUUUUAAGUAUUCUAAAUUUAAUUUAACUUUGAAUCUAAAUUGGAUGUUACUAAAUCAGUAUUUAUUUGAAAAACGUAUUAUUUAAUUUGUAAUCUUUUUGAAUUUUCCAAAUUUUAUUUUUAGGUUUAUUUUUUUUUUAGUUUUUACAAAAAAAGUAAAAGAUAAUUCAAUAAAUUAUUUAUUUUGAAUAUUAUAAUCUACUCGUUUGAAUAUCUGAGAUCUCCUCUCUGAAAUAUGCAAGCUAUGUAAUGUUUUUAUGUUAAUUACAAGAUCGUGGUACUUUUGGUCCCCAUAUACUCAAAUUUGCUUUGUCCCAAUACCUAUGUACGUAAAAUGUUUGUGCCCUCACUAAUAUUUAUAGUAGACAAGUAUAAGAGUUUUUGCAUUUCUUGUGUCCGCAGCUCUAAUAUUUUGUGUCAUAAAGAUUUGUCUCGUAUUUUAUCCUACUAAUAUUGUAAAUGCAAAAGUUUAUAUGUUUGUUUGUUACUCCUUGACGUCAAAACGACUGAAGGGAUCGGGAUGAAAUUGGGAACUGGGGUAGAUUAUGGUCUCGAAUAACACACAGUUUACUUUUUAUAACACGAGACCGCGCGCGAAGCCGCUGACAGAAGUUUUAUAAAAAAGUUUAUUAAAUCGAUAAAAUGAUUUUACAAUGCAAAGAAAAAAAUAUCUACUGCUACAUACUCCAUUAUAAUUAUGUAUUUUACAACACACCUGUAGGUACCAUGGUAAAAUAUAAACUUCAGUUUUGAAUUAAAAAUGUUGAUUCUUGUGUCUGUAGUUUUUAAGUAAAAUAAGUUCCACAUGAUACACGAUAGAUAUUAGUUACUUUGUCUAAUGUUCCAUGCAAACAUCACGCAAUUACUUGUAGUGGGUCGACAGCGGUGUACAAUUAGUAUACUCACUUUAUGCAUAAUAAAACACGUACUUAGUAGUUUUUUUUUUAUAUAUUUUCGAAUUAAAUUAUUUGUUUUUAUAUAUGCUUUUUUGUUAUUUCGAAUUUUUUAUAAAAUAUAUUUUUAUUUACUGUGUUGAUAUUCAAAAUUUUGUUUCGUUUGUUUGAAAAAUCUCAUUUUACAUAUAAUGUAAGACAGCUAAAUGGCUGAAAAAUAUAAUAUUUGCACGGCGGUCACGCUACAAAUGUAUAAAUUGUGAUUUGUUUUUGGCUGA